UCCAACGGAUUGACACCAUUCUGGGAAGAUCUAGACAAUAAUCAUACUGACGACUCUAUUGUAAAGGAUGCAGCUAGACGGAUGCUGACGGCAAGUACCAUUCAAACAAUUGAUUUGAAUAGUGACGACGUUGAUCCACAAAUGUUGAAGGACUUCCAAGAACAGGUGGUGGAGCGAGUUCGCGAAGACCCAUUCUAUUGUAGCACAUCAGCGUGCAUGUCGAAUAAUGGAAAGCCGAUGGCAAUAUGGGCACGUCACCUCUACGAUGUUUUCUACUUGUAUGGAUUAGCUUUGAAUGACUCACUGAGAAUGGAUCCCAUCGGAGGACUUUCUAACGCCUCUUCCCUCACGGAAGCAAUGAAACGAAGUUUUGUAGGGCUCACUGGACUGGUUACAAUCAACGCGAAUGGGUCACGCAUUCCACUGUUUUCGGCAUACGUCCUAGAUGCGAAUUUUAAUCAAGUCACUGCCAUCAACUUCACGAUAGCCGAUGGGAUACCAGUAAUGACGAAAGGCUACACAAAUGAAGCAACAACUCUUUGGGGAACACGAGGUGGUCAACGUCCACUUGCUCGUCCGAAAUGUGGCUACACGGGAUCCGAUUGUCCCAAGCCAUUUUGGGAGCAGAACGGCAUAUAUAUAAUGGCUGUAUCAACACUGAUAGUAGUUCUACUGAUUGUGGCGGUUGUAAUUAUUGUUUACGCGAUAAGAAUUCGGAAGGAAGAGGAGGAGCAGCAGCGCUUAUUAUGGCAGAUCCCUUAUGUGAACCUGAGAAAACCGCCAACAUCGCACGAGCGUCAGCAGCAGAGCAAGCGUUCACUCCAAUCAGGUCCGUCGGUGAUGACGGGAGGAUCAAGGCUCACAGAAUCAAGUUUCGGCUAUUUCGAAAUCUAUUUUCUCAAUAAUGAGCCUGUUCUGACUAGGAAGUACUCAGCAGCUGGUCUGACAGAGGAUAGCAAAUAUAUUUUCCAACAGAUGAGGAAAUUGGAACAUGAUAACAUUAAUCGAUUCAUUGGGCUUUCUAUUGAUGGAUCCGAAUAUGUGGCUGUUUGGCGGAUGUGUUCGCGAGGCACUCUGCAGGAGCUCAUAUCCAGAGGUUCACUGUGGUUAGAUCCAUUCUUCAUGUUAUGCAUAAUAAAAGACAUCGCAGAGGGUCUCCGAUUCCUGCACAAUUCAAUUAUUGGAUGUCAUGGUCGCUUGUGCUCAAGUUGUUGUUUGGUAUCUGACAGCUGGCAAGUCAAGGUAUCGGAUUACGGUACCGAGUCUCUACAAGAAGACAAUCGCUCGAAGAAAAAACGUAAAUCUUUUUUCGACGUAUGCAGAGUGCUACGAAAUUAUAAAGGCCCUUAUUGUUUACUGUGGCUGGCUCCUGAACAUUUGCGCUCCUCCGAAACUUCAGCGAAAAUUUCCAAAGAGGGCGAUAUAUACUCAUUUGCAAUUAUCGCCUCCGAGGUCGCAACGCGAAAAGAGGCAUGGAACAUGAGUGAAAGAAAAGAACAAAUUGAUGAACUGCUUUAUAUGCUGAAAAAAGGAGGACCUACACCACCCCGACCUGACCUCAACAUUGACGGAGAAUUUAAUGUGGCAGUGAAUAUUAAAUGUCAAGUUUACAACGACGGAGAGAAAGAAAACGAGGUAAUUGAUUUACAGCUUCAUCUUAUACGCGACUGUUGGAACGAAAAGCCAGAGAACCGUCCAACCUCUGAAAUUUUAUGCAGGAUGCUGGAGUCGAUGAUGCCGAGCAAAAAAAGCAAUUUGAUGGAUCAUAUGUUCAAUAUGUUGGAAGAAUACACGACGACACUUGAGUUGGAUGUCGAAGAGCAAACAAAACAACUAGUGGAGGAGAAAAAGAAGGCCGAUAUUCUUCUGGAGAGGAUGCUGCCGAGGCAAGUGGUGGACCGCUUGAAGUUAGGCAAUGCAGUUGAACCAGAGAGUUUCGCCAGCGUCACAGUGUUCUUUUCCGAUGUGGUCAAAUUUACUCAGUUAGCUGCUAAAUGCACGGCUUUUCAAACUGUAAACCUUCUCAACGAUCUCUACAACGGAUUUGAUUCACUUGUUGAGGAGCAUUCCGUAUAUAAGGUGGAAUCGAUCGGUGACGGAUAUCUGUGCGUCUCUGGUCUACCUGUGAGAAACGGUUCGGCUCAUAUAAAGGAGAUAGCUGAACUUUCGCUAUCGUUCAUGAAAUUUGUGGAUGAGUUCAAAUUAGCAGCUCUACCAAAAGAGAAAGUUCAACUUCGAAUCGGAUUCAAUUCAGGCCCUUGCGUCGCCGGGGUUGUUGGUUUGAGCAUGCCUCGUUACUGUCUAUUUGGAGACACGGUUAAUAUAGCAUCACGGAUGGAAAGCAGUGGCAAAGCUGGUCACAUUCAUAUAUCGAAGGAAGCGCACGACCUGCUUAUCAACGAAUACCACGAAGAUUAUGAAACACGACCAAGAGGAGACGUCAUUAUAAAGGUAAAAAUCUUUGUUUUUGAAUUCUUUAUUGGCGACGAAUGUGAAACUGUACCGUAUACAACAUUUUCUUAUUGA